GCCGGGAGCGAGCAGCAUAAUAGGUCACUGCAGUCGCCCGUAGCCCCAAACCAUCAACUUUUCCUACCGACGCCAACAUCGAAGUUCCCCGGAGACGUCGCAGGAACCGAUCAGGCACCAUGGCGGCUCCGAGGCUGUCCCCAACGGCAAAUCUCCUCCGCAACUCUCGCCUUUUUGCUCUUCCACAGGCUCUUACUCCUCCCCAAGAUCCGCCAACUUCCAGAACCGUCGUCGGCUCGGAUACUGCAACUCUUCCUCAUCCGAUCCGUGCUUCCAUUGUUACGCCGUCUUCGUCUUUAGCUCGAGGCGAUUGGGGCCUGAAGAGGCCUCUUCCUGCAAAAACAACGUCCGAGAAAUCCUCUAGGCCUGUUGUCCGAGUCAAGGCACUAGAUACUUUCGAACAUGUCACCGAUUUCGAAUCCGCAUUGGACCAUACCAUGACUCUGGAGAAGUUCCAGCAGCUACAUAUGCCCGUCUCUCUUCCUUACAGAGUCAAUUACGCAACUGGUCUUAUUCCAAGACAUCGAAGCCCCUUCGAGUCCUUGAAUGAUAACACGAACGAGAGCGAAGGCCUCAAAGAACCUGGAGCCAAACAGUUUAGACACGCCGGGCCCUGGCUAGCUGGGCAAAUCGAGUCGGAAUUUCAGGCGUACCUGAAGCAGGUCCGCCGCAGGAAACCGGAGUUACUGCAGCAACUUCGUGAACGGUUUGUCACGCAGCAGACAGCGGAGCGAAGAAAGCAAGCACUGGACGAUGGAAAGGAUUUGGAUAAGAUUAAGCGCGUUACCGAAGAAGAAUUUCAACGAUACCUCAGGUCGUUGCGGUCGAAUCCUUCUGCUCUGGGACCCGUGAUAUUCGAGCUCCUAGAUCUUCCUUCCCCGCCGGCCGUUCCUGGCUCUCGUAUGUCCAGGGAGAACUAUGCAUCCCCGGCGACCAAGCUGUCCGCGACCGAGUACGCAAUAUCAGGACCCCCGAAGACGCAUCCCUCCGCAGGUUUGACCUAUUCAAGAUCACAUGCUUUGAUUUACAACCAUCCGCAGUUCGGACCACAGGCUUCCCAACGCCCCGUAGAAGCGCGUAUUCUGCGGCCCAAGGGUAGAUUUAGGGGUAAGGUGGCCAAGGCCAUUGCAGGUGUCGGUGGUAUUGCGGUGGAAGACUUGAAUGCUAUGACCUUCGUCGAGCAAGGCGCACCUCCAGGCCUGGCCUACUUCGAUGCGUCUAUUCCCGGUGGCGCCAAGUAUUGGGUCAAUCCAAUCCGUGCUUCUGUUGAUUCGGAUGGCAAGAUCUUGCUGGCAUCCUACAAGGCCAGCGCCACGUCCAAGGCUCCUUACGGCAUUGAGGAUUACAAGAAGCCUGACUACAGCAUUUCGGAUGCUGCUCGUGGUGGCAGCCGAGUGGUGCCGAGAUUGGACAGGCUCCCAUCGAAGCAGCCUCGUUUCGUGACUUCAGGGGAGGGGACUGAGACCAAACAGCCCAUGCAAGAAACUGAGGAUGUCGCUAGGACACUGAUGGAAACUAUCCGCUCAUCUUAAAAAGUUCCAUUUGGGCGUCACUGUACGAUUAAACGCUAAUGUAUAGCUACCUUUCUAUUUCAGUUUCCGGUUUGUUUACAUGUGAUAUAUUAAAUUUGGAUACUGUUAUUUAUUCUCUUUCGA